CUGACUUGUUCUCCGAAGCAAGGGGAUGGACUACGUCUACGUUCAAGGUCGGUUCUCCAUCCUGAUGAGCGGGUGAGGGCGAGGCGAUGCGCCGCGCGACGCGUGCGCUGUUACGUGCGGGGCGCGUAACAUGCGCUCGCUAAACGUCACAGCGUGCGCGGCGUUGCUGGAAGACGUGCGCUGGGACGAGCCGACCAGCGUCGCGAGCCUCGCCGUGCUCGCGCUCAUAGACGUGCUGGUGAUCGCAGGAAACUGCCUUGUGAUAGCUGCGGUGCUGUGCUCAUCGAAGCUGCGCAGCGUCACGAACCUGUUCAUCGUGUCGCUCGCCGUGGCUGACCUUUUGGUCGGCGUGGCUGUGCUACCCUUCUCCGCCACCCGGGAAGUGUUCAAGAUAUGGAUCUUCGGCGACGUGUGGUGCGCAGUGUGGUUGGCCGUGGACGUGUGGAUGUGCACGGCCUCCAUCUUAAACCUAUGCGCCAUCUCGCUGGACCGCUACGUGGCCGUCACUCGCCCCGUCAGCUACCCCAGCAUCAUGAGCAAGAAGCGUGCCAAGGCGCUCAUCGCGGGGCUGUGGGUGCUGUCCUUUGUCAUCUGCUUCCCGCCGCUCGUCGGCUGGAAGGACAAGAAACCAGAAGAUUCCGACCUCACAGAAGGGAGGAUAAACCCGCCAUGCCCCUGGACCUGCGAGCUGACCAACGACGCGGGGUACGUGGUGUACUCCGCGCUGGGCUCCUUCUACAUCCCCAUGUUCGUGAUGCUGUUCUUCUACUGGCGGAUAUACAAAGCCGCUGUCAGGACCACCAAAGCCAUCAACCAGGGGUUCCGGACGACAAAAGGCGGUGGUAGAGGUCUUGGCAGUAGAUUCGAUGACAACCGUCUAACUCUGCGGAUACAUCGUGGCCGGGGAUCCGGGGGUGGAAGACCUCACGGAUCCCCGCUCUCCAAUGCUUCCAACCAUUCCACCAGCACUUCCUUAAGCGCAUCACCCGAGAGGUUAAGAAGACACUCAAGUGCAAGGCGUGCUCACGAAAAGGUCAAGAUCUCCGUCUCAUAUCCAUCAUCAGAGCAGAUCUGUCCAGCUCAUGAUAACUCCAGAUCCCCAAGCCGGUCACCAAGUCCCUCCCUAUACGCUGUCCACUAUGAGAGAGAUGGGAGAGAGUUAACAGAGAGUAGAUUGAGAGUCAGGCCUUCACAUCACCUGGCUCCAGGACCUUUGUACGAUGAAUAUGAUGAUAACAAGCCGAGGACACGGCGUAUGGGGAAGAGGAAUAUUAAGGCGCAGGUAAAACGUUUUCGCAUGGAAACAAAAGCGGCAAAGACUCUUGGCAUUAUCGUCGGUGGAUUCGUGUUUUGCUGGCUGCCAUUCUUCAGUGUGUACGUGGUGCGUGCCUUCUGCGGUGACUGCGUGGAGCCCAUCGUCUUCUCCAUCCUGUUCUGGCUGGGCUAUUGCAAUUCCGCCAUAAACCCUUUGAUUUACGCACUCUUCUCAAAAGAUUUUAGGUUCGCGUUCAAGCGUAUAAUCUGCAAGUGUUUCUGCGCGGGCGGGGGGGUGCGGCGGGAGUCGGGAGGGGAGGAGGCACCGCGGCGACGACCGCCGCACUCGCACUCGCACUCAUUAGAGGAGCAGGACACCUCGGUACACACCAGCAGCAAUGACAGGUGACGACCAAUAAUGCGACGGCAAAAUGCUCAGUUCAAAGCAACCGUCGCCUGCGUGUAGCAGCUGCCCGCAACAUAACAUUACAGCACUACCACUUUUAUGAAUUACAACGAUGCAUCUGAAAUGUAAAUUUCCUGGUAUACGCGACGAUCUUUAAGCCAAUCACUACGGGCUACAUUCCUUUACCUUCAUCCGCUAUUGUUAUACCUAGUAUAUUAACACAGCAAGACAUAAUGAGUCUCUUAUUGCUGUAAUGGUAUUUUAAAUUUAAAAUAACACGAUCUGUAUUUAAAUGGUACAAUGCUUUUGGACCUUGUAAGAUAAGUACCCAUUUCUGGGCUAACGAAUACUGUCGAUGUAAAAUAUAAAAGUGGUAGAAUUGUGCAUAUUCCAGUGAAAACAACAGAGACAAUUUCCAAAAUGUACC